AUGUCAUCAAAUAUGCAAAAAGACAUUGUCAAUGCUUGUGCAACUGAAACUAUCAACAUUAUUACUCGAGAUCUUGGAGAUGCUUUGUUUUCUAUUUUAUUUGAUGAAGCUCGUGAUGUACCAGCUAAGGAACAGAUGGCUAUUGUUAUACGCUAUGUGGACAAGAAUGGACAUGCGGUGGAGCAUAUUUUGGGUAUUGUACAUGUUACUGACACUAGUGCUUUAUCACUAAAAGCAGCCAUAAAUGCAUUGUUUUCCAAACAUAGCUUAAGCAUAUCAAGAUUGCGAGGCCAAGGCUAUGAUGGGGCAAGCAACAUGCGAGCACUUGUAGCUGUUGUAAAAAUUGAUGUAUAUGUUGCAUUACUCUUCACUUUAGUUUCAAAUAUGGUGAAUGUUGUUGGUGUUUCUUGUAAACGUUAUGAUAUUCUUCAAGAAUCUCAAGUUAUUAGAGUUUUAGAAGCACUUGAAAAUGGUGAAUUGAUUAGUGGAACUGGCCAAAAUCAAGAAUAUACUCUUAAACGAGUAGGAGACGCACGGUGGGGGUCACAUUAUAAAACUCCUAUUAGCUUAAUUAAGAUGUUUUCUGCUAUUAUUGAUGUGCUUGAGUUGAUUGUGGAAAAUUCUAAGUCUGAACAGAAAGCUGAAGCAUUCAAUCUCCUUGAUUUACUACAAUCUUUUGAUGUUGCAUUUAGCCUUCAUGUGAUGAGAAACAUUCUAGGGAUCACUUAUGAACUAUCACAAGCUUUGCAAAGAAAAGAUCAAGAUAUUGUGAAUGCUAUGACAUUGGUCAAAAUAGCUAAACAACAGUUGCAAUCUAUUCGAGAUGAAGGAUGGAAUUCUUUAUUUGAUGACGUUAUAGUGUUUUCUUUUGAUGAGGAACAAUUGCUGCGCUUUGCUCAAUUUUACCCGAUUGAAUUUUCUAUAGUACAGCUUGUUGCUCUUGACAAUCAACUGGAGACAUAUAUUCUUGAUAUAAAGUCCAAUGCUAAGUUUUCAAAUUUGAUAGGAAUUAGCAAUCUUGCUGAAAAAAUGGCUUAUAACAUUGACCUUAAUUCUACUUGUUGCAAUAGCUUCUGUCGAGAGAGCAUUUCUGAUAUGAAGAUUGUGAAGAAUCGAUUGCGCAAUCAAAUGGGAGAUCAAUGA